AUGAAGCUGCUGUUGAAGUUACAGAAACUAAAACUCUUGUGGACUCUGAAAUCUCCUAAUAGGACUUUCCAUGGACAUCCCAGGCUGCUUUCCUCUGAUGUAUAUUCCCAGUAUGAGUCCAUCAGACAGGGCAAACAGGAAAUACCAAAGUACUUUAAUUUUGCAAGUGAUGUACUGGACAAAUGGUCUGAGAUUGAAAAGGCUGGAAAGAGACCAUCAAACCCUGCUUUCUGGUGGGUAAAUGGUGAAGGAGAAGAAGUGAAGUGGAGCUUUGAGGAGCUGGGGUUCCUGUCUCGGAAAGUGGCCAAUGCACUGACUAAAGAAUGUGGACUGCAGAAGGGAGACAGGCUUAUCCUGGUCCUACCACGAAUUCCAGAAUGGUGGCUGGUCAAGGUGGCUUGUAUGCGAGCAGGAAUUGUCAUAAUCCCAGGAACAUCCCAAAUGUCAGCCAAGGACAUACUGUACCGACUCCAGGCAUCAAAGGCUGCGUGCAUUGUUACCACUGACAAACUGGCUCCUGCAGUGGACUCUGUGGCAUCCCAGUGCCAGCUCCUGAAAACCAAGCUAAUGGUGUCCAAAGGCAGCAGGGAGGGAUGGCUGAACUUUACUGAGCUGUACCAAAAUCAAUCUGCUGACCAUUCCUGCAUCAAAACAAGGAUUCAAGACCCAAUGAUGAUCUUCUUUACCAGUGGAACUACAGGUUCUCCAAAGAUGACUCAACAUUCCCAGGGCAGUCUUGGUUUCAGACCCCUUUUAAGUGAAAGGUACUGGUUGGAUUUGACUCCCUCUCAAAUGAUAUGGAACACUGCAGACACAGGAUGGAUACUAACUUCAAUAGCAUCUUUUUUUGAUCCUUGGGUUUUUGGAUCAUGCAUCUUUAUACAUCACCUACCACAGACUGACUCAGAAGUUAUCCUAAAUACUCUCUGCAGAUUCCCAGUUGAUGCCCUGGUCGGUGCUCCAACACUGUUCCGUAUGCUGGUGCAAAAUGAUCUGUCCAAAUACAAAUUCAUGAGCCUGAAGUACUGCAUAAGUGGAGGGGAACCACUCAACCCAGAAGUCAUGGAGCAGUGGAAGAGCUACACUGGGCUGGACAUCUAUGAAGUGUAUGGCCAGACUGAAAUGGGAGUAAUCUGCUCUGUUUCUAAAGGAAUGAAGAUUAAACCUGGAUCAAUGGGGAAAGCAGCUCCCCUUUAUGAUGUUCAGAUCGUAGACAAAAAUGCCAAUAUCCUGCCUCCAGGACAACAGGGGGAAAUUGCUAUCAGAAGCAAACCUAUAAGGCCACUUGGUUUUUUCUCAGAAUAUUUAGAUAACCCUAAGAAAACUGCAGAAAGUGAACGUGGGGAUUUUUAUGUCACUGGAGACAGAGGCACUAUGGAUGAAGAGGGAUAUUUCCAGUUUAUUGGCAGAGACGAUGACAUCAUCAUUUCUUCGGGGUAUCGCAUUGGGCCAUUUGAAGUAGAGAGUGCCCUAAUAGAGCACCCAGCUGUGGUAGAAACAGCUGUUGUCAGUAGUCCAGACCCCCUCAGAGGAGAGGUUGUGAAAGCAUUUGUGGUUCUGUCCCCAACCUUUUCAGCCACUGACCUGAAGAGCUUAACUCGUGACUUGCAAGACCAUGUUAAGAAAACUACUGCUCCAUAUAAAUACCCUAGAAAGGUGGAAUUUGUCAAAGAGCUGCCAAAGACAGUCACUGGGAAGAUCAAGAGGAAUGAAUUAAGAGACAAAGAGUGGGGACGGAUAUAG